CUCCUCCACACAAAAGAAGAAAGAAGUAAAGAAGCUCACAACUUUAUUUAACCUUUCUAGUGAGAAAAAAGAGAGACUGAGAGAGAGAGAAAGAUGGAAGGCAAAGAGGAAGACGUGAGAGUUGGAGCUAACAAGUUCCCUGAGAGGCAACCCAUCGGAACAUCAGCUCAGUCCGACAAGGACUACAAAGAGCCACCUCCUGCGCCUCUGUUCGAGCCCGGAGAGCUAAGCUCGUGGUCGUUCUGGAGAGCAGGAAUCGCCGAGUUCAUAGCCACUUUCCUCUUCCUUUACAUAACAGUGCUGACAGUGAUGGGAGUGAAGAGAGCACCAAACAUGUGUGCCUCUGUUGGAAUCCAAGGCAUAGCUUGGGCUUUUGGUGGCAUGAUCUUCGCUCUCGUCUACUGUACUGCUGGAAUUUCAGGUGGACACAUCAACCCUGCGGUUACGUUCGGUCUGUUCUUGGCUAGGAAGUUGUCUCUGACCAGAGCUGUUUUCUACAUGAUUAUGCAAUGUCUCGGUGCUAUCUGUGGCGCCGGAGUCGUCAAGGGUUUCCAGCCAACGCCGUAUGAAACUCUCGGUGGCGGUGCCAACACCGUCGCUCCCGGCUACUCCAAGGGAUCUGGUCUCGGUGCUGAAAUUAUUGGAACAUUUGUUCUCGUCUACACGGUCUUCUCCGCCACCGACGCCAAGAGAAGCGCCCGUGACUCACACGUCCCGAUUUUGGCACCACUCCCAAUCGGGUUUGCAGUGUUCCUGGUACACUUGGCGACAAUUCCGAUAACCGGAACCGGAAUCAACCCAGCUAGGAGUCUUGGAGCUGCCAUUAUCUACAACAAGGACCACUCCUGGGACAACCAUUGGAUUUUCUGGGUGGGACCAUUCAUUGGAGCAGCUCUAGCAGCACUCUAUCACACGAUUGUCAUCAGAGCCAUUCCUUUCAAGAGCAAGAACUGAACCAUGAUGAACUAGAGAAUUAUGUUUUUUAUUUACUCUUUAUGUAUCUUUGCUUAUCUAUCCAUCAUCUAGCUUUUGUUUUGCAGUGUACUACUUGCUACUCUAUAUUCAGUCUUUUAAAAAUAUAUUUGUGAUUUUUGUGAAUUUCUAGUGAGCUUGUUCUGUAAAAGCAUCACUGGUUUGCUCUGUGCUGUUUAAUUGUUAGUCCUCUCAGCUGAUC